CUGUUGCUGUUGUUGAAUCUGGAAACAUUUGUAUAUUUGUCUCCAGCCAGAAGAUCUGCAUCGCUUAUCAUAGAUGAAAGAAGCAUCAGCCAACAUGGCUCAGGGGGAGCUCAGAGAGUCUGCCCUUAAAAUCGAGAGCCUCACUGCGCAGCUAGUUGAUCUGCAGAAGGAGACUCAUGGUUGGCGUGAACGUAUAGCAGAGCUGGAGGCAGCAUUGGUAAAGGAAAAAAACACGAGCCGCAAAAUGCUAGCAGACAAAGAACGUGAGGUGGCUGAGAUCCAAGCAAAGAUGCAGCAGCAACUUCAUGAGUAUGAGGAGUUGUUUGAUGUUAAACUUGCUCUGGACAUGGAGAUAAACAUCUAUCGUAAGCUUCUGGAAGGAGAAGAAGAAAGGCUAAAGCUGUCUCAAAGUCCUUCAUCUCAUGAAACCAUGUCUCGAGGCUCAUCCAGCAGUGGAAGUGUGUGCACCACUCAGGGAAAGCGGAAGCGUGUUGACAUAGGGGAACAAAAAGCCAGCAGCUCAAUGUCAAAAGUGCACACUGCCUCAGCCACAGGACCCAUCUAUAUUGACGAGAUUGACAGAGGUGGCAAAUUCAUCUGCCUUCAAAACAGUGGAACUGAGGCAAGUUUGACAUGA